UGCUGUCCAUGAGCCACAGCGCUCACAUAAAAGCUGCCCAUUGUCUCCAGCAGCCGCUGUUUGACUCUCUACCAUUUGUACAGUUCAAGUGAGGAGCCCGACAGACCCGCAGCGAUGAAUCCCAAAGGGGGGGAAAAGCCGAAGUCGAAGAUUUCGGCUUCUCGCAAGCUUUCCCUCAAGAUGCUUCUCCUCACAAGAGCCUGUGAGGAUUUGGAGAAGGAGAGGCAGGAUAGGGAGGAGGAGAAGGCACGCUAUCUAGGAGAAAAGUUGCCCCCUCUGCAGCUGUCUGGAAUACCACUGGACGAACUACAAAAUUUAUGCAAGGAGCUUUAUUCAAAAGUUGACGUUGUAGACGAAGAGAGAUACGACUGCGAAUUCAAAGUGGGCAAACACAACAAAGAUAUCCAUGAGCUGAAGCUGAAAAUACAGGAUCUCGGAGGCAAGUUCAAAAAGCCCGCCCUGAGGAAGGUGAGGGUGUCUGCAGAUGAGAUGAUGAGGGCUCUUCUGGGCUCCAAACACAAGGGCUCCAUGGACCUCAGAGCCAACCUCAAGUCUGUGAAGAAGGAGGACGUCAAACAGGACAAGGUACUGCUUAAAGAUCUCCUAUCAUUUGCUACCCGAUCUCCGCAGACCAGAGGGUUGUGUUCGGAGGUCUUACUAGAAGGCACGGGCGGAAACAUGAGGAGGGCCUUCCACACACGGCCUCCCCGCCCCUACCUACUGCAGAGUAGGUUAGUGGAGAACCUACGUCGCUCCCGCCUGCAGCCUCCUUGA